CCACCUGCCACCGACCGAUUGGCUCUGAGAACCGUGGCCACGUUGGGCUCAAAUUCCUGGUGUAAACCUUACUGCCCCUCCCCGCCCCGAGGGAUCUGCCUACAACAGUCGCUGAAUGAAUGCGUCAUCCGAAGCAGAAAAAUCACCUUUGCAACCUUCUUCGGCUUUUGACGCGACUACCCUGACGUCAUAGCCUCGCGGAGUUGAAAGUCAAGGUUGGGGGGCUUUGAGGGCCUCAUGGAUUCCACAGGGACUAGGAAGAGAAGUGCUGAGAAAAUAGAAGUAGCCGAGCCUCAGAACAAACUCCCUUGCUCAGCACCUUCAUUGUCCACAGAACCUGCUCUGUACUCUGGAUCCUUUCCUUUCUACCGGCGCCCUUCUGAAUUAGGCUGCUUCUCCCUGGAUGACAAGCGUCAGUACUAUGGAGAUGCCCGAGCCCUCCGCUACUACAGCCCACCCCCCACCAAUGGACCAAGCCCCAACUUUGACCUCAGAGAUGGUUACACUGACCGAUACCAACCUCGGGAUGAGGAGAUCCAAGAGAGGCUUGACCACUUGCUACGCUGGCUUCUGGAACACCGAGGCCAGCUGGAGGGGGGUCCAGGCUGGCUGGCCGGGGCCAUAGUGACAUGGAGGGGGCACCUGACAAAAUUGCUGACAACACCAUAUGAGCGACAGGAGGGAUGGCAGUUGGCAGCUUCUCGGUUCCAGGGAACAUUGUACCUGAGUGAGGUGGAGACAGCAGCUGCUCGGGCUCAGAGGCUUGCACGGCCACCCCUUCUCCGGGAGCUUAUGUACAUGGGCUACAAGUUUGAGCAGUACAUGUGUGCAGACAAACCUGGAGGCUCUCCAGACCCCUCUGGGGAAGUUAACACGAACGUGGCCUUCUGCUCUGUGCUACGCAGCCGCCUGGGAAACCACCCUCUGCUCUUCUCAGGGGAGGUAGACUGCACAGACCCUCAGGCUUCAUCCACACAGCCCCCUACCUGCUAUGUGGAGCUCAAGACCUCUAAAGAGAUGCACAGCCCUGGCCAGUGGAGGAGCUUCUACAGACACAAGCUCCUAAAAUGGUGGGCUCAGUCAUUCCUCCUAGGCGUCCCAAAUGUUGUUGCUGGCUUCCGUAACCCAGAGGGUUUUGUCUGCUCCUUCAAGACCUUUCCUACCAUGGAGAUGUUUGAACACGUCAGGAAUGACCGAGAUGGCUGGAACCCCUCUGUGUGCAUGAACUUCUGCGCUGCCUUCCUUACUUUUGCACAGAGCACAGUUAUCCAAGAUGACCCCAGGCUUGUCCACCUCUUCUCCUGGGAGCCUGGCCACCCAGUCACUGUGUCUGUACAUCAAGAUGGCCCCUAUACCUUCCUGCCCACGUGGUAUGUGGAAGCCAUGGCCCAGGACCUCUCAUCACCCCCUAAGACACCCUCCCCCAAGGACUGAUGUUUUGAAGGGAUCUAUCCUAUCUUAAUGUACAGAGUAAAGAAAUAUUUCUAAGUGA